AUGGACAGCGUGAGCAGACAACCUAGUGUAGCUCCUACCGCAAGCGUUGCUGAACAGCCUGCCGACGCAGAAUCGUUCAUUACAAGACACUUCAAGAAACGAGAAUGCGGACGCAUUGUACCGCAAAAGGAGCAGCCUGAUAGAUGUUGCUGCGGACGGCCUGUGAAGAAAGACCAUAGUACUACGUUGUCUCAGCCGGAAAGCAGAAAUGGAAACAAUGGAUGGAAGGUCGAGCGCGACACGUAUAGCGUUGCAACCGACGCUUUCGGCGAAAUGGAGUUUGCUGGAAGAACGGCGAGCAAAUCAAAGGCUAAGUACGUACGCCUGUCUUCUGAUUCGAAAGAACAGGACGUACUGAAACUUUUGAUUGACUACUGGAUACCAAAAAAAACUCCCAAACCGCGUCUGGUUAUUUCCGUAACAGGAGGAAGCUCACGCUUUCAUCUUAACUCUCGUAUCAGAAAUAUUAUAACAAAUGGUUUGGUAAAGAUGGCAACGACAAGCAACGCGUGGGUGAUGACGGGUGGUUUUCAUCGAGGAGUGAUGAAGAUGGUCGGUCAGGCCUUGAAGGACCAGACCGACAAUCAAGGAAACAGAGUUCCGGUCAUCGGUUUUGCCACGUGGGGGUUCACAAGGAAUAGAAAUAGUCUUGUAAACGGGUCUGUAAACAGUGCAUCAACAACACGUUGCUACAAACCCGACAAGCAAUUGGCAAUGGAUGCGACAUCUCUACCACUGGAUUCAAACCACACGCACUUCAUAUUGGUAGACGACGGUACCGUGGAGCAGCCGUAUCGAUGUAAUGAUUUGUUGAAGAAAUUUAGAGACAUGCUUGGCAAAGAAACAGAUGGGGAUUGCGGAGUGACAGUACCGUUGGUCACUGUACUGGUUGGAGGCGGAGUAGGAUCCAUGGAUAUCGUGCAGUCAACACUGGAAGCAAACUUACCCGUCGUCGUUGUGAAAGGCAGCGGCCGCUUGGCUGAUUUGCUUAGUGACGUUUACGAAAACUUGAAAAGUUUGAAAAGACCUGACAAAAAUAAAAUAGAAUCUGUAAUUAGAUCUAAAAUGAAUUCGUCUCUGUGGAAGUCGGUGUCAACAGAAAGUUGGAAAACGUGGGCUGAUAACGUAGUAGUGCCCUCCAUGCAGAAAGUGUUUGAAGACGAAUCACUGUUGACAAUAUACGAUGCGUCUGAUCCUACGUCUUUUACGACUCUUCCUGACUUGGAUUUCGUUAUAUUGAAGUUGAUCCUUACAAGAGCUAAGACUUCAAAUCUUGAUGAAGCAGUUCGCUUAGCGAUAGAGUGGAACCGAGCAGACAUAUUGCGAGAAGAAAUCUUGUCUCAAGCUAUCGAUCUGAAAGACUUGAUGAAUUGGAAUAGUCUGAUGGAUGCUGCUCUUGUGGCUGACAGUCACGAGUUUGUAAGGCUGUUUAUCGAACAUGCAGUCGUCGACUUCGAAGAAUACAUGAACGACAUGAAACUCGUCUAUUUGUACAACCGUCCCGGAGAGGUGGAAGACCCAGUGAAACUCGACAAAGAGCAGAUCGACAAGAUCUGCUCCAAGCUGUUUAGAACCUGUUUCGGUCAACCAGUAAUGCAGAGUGUCUUUCCUGCUUUUACCGACGAGAGCGAAAUGUUCAGAAUCUUAUUCAUAUGGGCACUGCUGACGAAUCGAUGGAAAUUGGCCGAAGUCUUCUGGACGUACGGUCCGGAACCCAUGGCAGCCGCUCUGGCAGCUGGAGUUUUUCUGAGCUCGAUGGCUGACUGUAUUGCUAACAACCCCCUCUAUGAAGACACGACAAAAGUUUACAGAGAUCAGCAAUGGAAUUGGGGAAAAAGAGCACUGAGAGUGCUGGAAGAGUGCUACAGAAAGAAUUCUGUGCUGACAGAAACGCUUAUCAAAUGCACGUCUGACAGAUGGGGGAAACAGACUCCUAUCAAACUCGCCAUUGCCAAUCAAAAUAUGGAGUUUACAGGACACGUUGCUGUUCAGCGGGUGUUAUCACGGGCUUGGAAUAGAGACUUGGUAUCUGAAAACGCAACAUGGAAGAAUGUGAAGGACAAAGGCAAGAAAUUAUUAAAGAAAUUCCCAACGUUUUACACAUCUCCAAUAGCAAAGUAUAUUGUCAACUUGACAUCCUACUUGGUAUUCUUGUGCAUCUUCAGCUACAACUUGCUUGUACGAUGGGAUAACAUGACUCCUACGGUACUGGAGAUAUUGACUAUGGUCUGGGUUGUUUCACUUCUUGCAGAGGACUUGCUUAUGAUACGAUCAACUGUUGGAUUUACGUGGUAUGACAAGCUAUCUAAAUGGUUUCGUUACCCAUUGAACAUCAUCAAAGGAGCUGCAUUUUGCUUCUACGUCCUCGGCCUAUCUCUUCGUUACGUUCCCAACGACGACGACAACUUCUAUUCGAGUACUCUUCGAUGGGCCAGAAUGAUGUUCAGCAUCGACGUCUGUUUGUUCUUUCUGAGAGGAUUAGACUUUUUCUUAGUCCACAAGGAAUUGGGACCAAAGUUGUCCAUGAUAUACAAAAUGAUUGGUGAUGUGAUUGUGUUCAUUGCCAUUCUUCUCGUCUGGAUUCUCAGUUACGGUAUAGCAGUACAAGCCCUUCUCUUUCCGUUUCAAGACGCGUCGUGGGAAAUGCUGAAAAAUGUCUUCUACAUACCUUUCUGGCAGCUGCACGGAGAGUUAUUUCUCGAUUACGUUGAAGGUAAAGAAAAUAGUAACUGCAUUAUCUCCCAUCAUGUGUCAGUGAAUGGAACCCUGAGUGAUCAUACAAUAUGUCCUCGAAAAGAAUGGCUUGUACUCGUGCUAUUAGCUGUGUACGUGAGCGUCACCGUCAUCAUUCUACUCAAUCUGCUCAUUGCAAUUUUCAAUGAUACUUACAGUACAAUACAAAACGAAGCUCAUCUGCUUUGGAAGUAUCAACGUUACAGAGUCGUGGUCGACUAUAUUCAUAAAUCACCCUUUCCGCAUCCGUUCGCUUGGCUAACCGUACUUCAUCUCAUGGUUACUGCCAAACAGCCAAAGAAGGAAGACUCAGCUCUUUACAAGAUGAAGAGUGAGCUAUCACGUGACCAACUGGAUUCGAUGGUGACUCUAGAAGCUCAGUCUCUGGAGAGAGUCAUCAAGGCCAACAAAGACAUUGAGCUGGACUGA